CGUAAUGGCGGACAAUGAUCCGUUUUGAGAGUUUAUUCGAAAAAGAAAUUCGCAGUCGCCUCGUAAAGGGUUACGAUGCUUCCUUCCGAGGAGCGGUAGUGAGAAAAAAAAUAAUUUCACCAUGACCGACUCCGACGGCGUGGCACAGGCGGUGCUCACGUAUUCUUGACUUGGGCGUCAAUGCUGUCCUCCCGCGAAGGUGCACGAGUGGCCCGGAAGACGUGCCGUCAAGUCGUGGCUUGCACCGUGACUGCGUCAACGUGAAGAGGGAAUGCUGAACGUUGUCUCACCUGGAUACCAGCUGACGUAAAUGGUGCUCCGUGCAACGACGGGUCAUCAGUCUCGGUGGCCAGAGGUCCGGGGCAAAGCGUGAGCCCCGGCCCGGCGGCAUGAUGAAUGGCGAGGGCCCCAGCGUGCCCAUCACAACGCUCGCAGGCAUCCAGAGCAUCACUGAGCUGCUCUUGGAGCUGCCUUUGCCGUCUGCCCUGCCCGGAGCCGGCCCUGCUCGGUCUCUGCUGCCAGCAGCCCAGGCUGAGGAAGCCCGACGGGCACUGGCCAGUGAUGCCCGUCUCUUGCCCCCACUGUUGGAUGCUUUGGCCCAAGUCAACACCGACCACGUGGAGCUCAAGGAUGGCGGGGACGGUGCCCUGCCGCCCCAAGGCUGCUCCCCACUCUUGCAACUGUUGGUGGCACGAGGACUGUUCAAGGGGCCACCUCUUUGGCAGCAGCAGCAGCAGCAGAGCUACAGCCCCGCUCAGCUGUGCUCGCCUGCAGAAGGUCUGGAUGGGAGCCCAGGCUUCUUUCCGCCCACCCCGUUCACUCCGCACCCACCGCUGCACGACCACUCGGUGGCUGGCAUCCUGGAUGGGACACCCUUCUCGCCCCAAGUGCCCAAGCAGCCGUCAAGCCAAAACUUCUACUCUAACGGAAACUGUGUGACCCCGUGUGACAAGCGGACAGAAUCACCAGUGGUUCACGCAGCAGUGCAGCAGCAGCAGCCACCGUUGCAACAGUGCCCCGUGCCGCCAGUGCCAGUGUGUCCUGUGCCCGUGCCCUGUGCUGGUAGUAGUGGCAGUGCUAGUGGUGUUGUGAGAGUGCAGAAUGCAGUGCCACCCUCACCUGUGUGUCCACCUGUGGAACGUGCUAACAGUGUUCCUGUAGUGAGCCCGCCGGUACGCGAGGUGUCCAAAGAGCCUCCGAAAGUGUGUGUAGUAAACAAUGUUGAAAGCAGUAGACCCAAAGCUACCCGGCGAUCAGCACAAGCGUCCCCGGCCAAGCAAAGUGCGCAAGAAGCUACACCAAAGGCUGCGUCAAACAGAAGCAAGGUUGUGAGAAACUCCGUGCGGGAGAAUAGCCGAUUGCAGUCAUCCUCCGAUGAUGAUGAUGGUUCACACGUAGUAGCACGAAAGCGACCAGGGCGGAAGCAGAGGGAAAGCAUUGAUGGCAAGACUGCGAAAGGGAAUGAUCGACGCAAUUGCCACAGACCAUCGCCAACUAAAGAGACAUCAAGCAUGGACAAGUACGCCAGUUCUUUGAGCGAGCGAGUGAAAAACAGGCGCAGGACCCACCAGAAGGCCAAGUAUGCGGAGUCCCCAGUACAGUCACAGCACAGCGAGAGUGAGCACUCUGCAUUUGAACCUGAUGAAGAGCCAAGCCGAGUUGCUCCAGCACCUCCGCCUGUUCGGGAAAAGCCGAAGGUAAAGCCCAAGAAGGUGAGGAAGGAGCCUGUGCCCACUCCACUUUCUGCAGAGGAGCUAAUGGAGAGCAAUACAUACCAGCGCUUCUCACGCACUGUUGAAGCCAUUUUCGACUCUAUGGAAGAUCUAGACCUUACCCAAGAGUUGGAUGAUGAGGUUGGAUGCCCUCCGGAAGCACUAGUGUCUGCGUCAUCUUUGCGUCAGCUGUGCAAUGAAGCAGCCAAGCUAAAGAUUUUGCAAGCCACAAACCAAGUGCCACCAGAGCGUCUUGUUCGCUUGUUGUCCAUACUGGAACGAAAUGUAGUGGACGGUGCUAAGCUUUGUCCGGUAGACCAGGAUGAUCAAGAGGAUGAGGAAGGCCGCUUGUAUGCAGAACUGACCAUGGAGCGCAUUACACGAUCUGCAGAUGCCUCGUUAACUGCCUUGUACAUAAUGACUUCAGCCAACAUGCCUAAGCGGGUCUUUUUGGAAGAUUUGAUUGAGCGCAUCGUCAUCUUUGCAAAGUUUCAGAUUCAAAACACCAUCUACCCAUUGUUUGACCCAGUUUACCGGGUGGACUCUCGUGGAAAGGAGGGAUGCAAUGCAAGGCAGAAGCGUGCCCAUGCCUCCCAGAAAGUGAAAGACCGUACAGUGGUUCAGCUUUACAACAAGCUUCACGAAUUGGUUGGGCUGCUCGCAGAACUUUUAGGACUGCAGACAUUAACAGACACCUUAAUCCUUCAGGUGUCAACGUUGGGCGUUGGUCCAUUUUUUGUUGAAGGUGUCAGUGAGCUUCAGCUGCAUGCCCUGCGCUUGGUGACCACCAUUUUUGCUCAUUAUGAAAAGCACCGGCAGCUCAUUUUAGAGGAUAUCCUGGCUUCCAUUGCACGCCUGCCUACCAGCAAGCGAAGCUUGCGCAACUAUCGCCUAAACUCUGAAGAGUACAUACAGAUGCUGACUGCACUGGUUCUUCAGCUGAUACACAGCGUCGUAAGACUUCCUGAAGGAUCUCCUGUGCCAAGGGAAUUGGCAGAAACCAGCAAAGACAAAACAGCAGAGGGGAAAGACAAAGCCGUAGAUGCAGAUGUCUUGAUUGUAACAUCUUACGAUGCAGCUGUUCACACUGCUGCCAAUUUUCUGUCUGUGUUUCUGCGUAAGUGCGGCACAAAGAACGAGGACAUGGACUAUAGGCCAGUGUUUGAAAAUUUCGUCCAAGAUCUGCUGAGCACAGUCAACAAGCCAGAGUGGCCCGCAUCAGAGUUAAUUUUAAGCCUUCUUGGACGACUGCUUGUUCAAAACUUCAGCAACAAAUCGCUGGACAUGUCUCUGCGAGUAGCGUCUCUCGAUUAUCUCGGAGUAGUUGCUGCGCGAUUGCGUAAAGAUGCCGUAAGCAGCCAGAUCAAGAAAGAAACUGUGAAGGACAUUCUCCGUCAGAUCGAGGAGGAUGAGGAAGAUGACUUGCCUUUGACGAGUCUUUCUAAAGGUGCACGGCCAAAAGAUGAGACUCAGCUUUUACAGAGGGCGCUACUUCACUACCUUGACGCCAACCUUGACAGCGACCCAUCGCUGCAGUUUUCAAGACGCUUCUAUGUGGCUCAGUGGUAUAGGGAUGCUAUGGCUGAAGCCAAGGCUGAAAAGAACCAUGGUGACGAAGAGAAAGAAAGUACAAAGUCGCCAAGUAAAACUAAUAGCCGCACAAGUAGGAGCAAGGCAAGCCGGCGAAAUUGCGAGCCUGAGGAAGAGGAUGAAGAAGAUGAAAAGAAGACCUCUGCGCCAAAUGAAGAGCAGCAAGCCAAGCUUGCAGCUUUGGUGGAAGAGCGAAAGAAGUUUCUUCUGCACUUGGCAAAGCCUCAGGACUCUGGAAGUGGCCUAAAAUCUGAGCAAGGCACACUGGACUACGCCACUGCGGAGCUCAUCUCGCGUUUCUUAGCGUCUCGGCGGCCAUUCUCACAGAGUUUUGACGUAUACCUCACCCAGAUUUUGCGAGUCCUGAGUGAAUCGGCAGUUGCUGUGCGCACGAAGGCAAUGAAGUGUCUCACACUUGUGGUUGAAGCAGACCCUUCUAUCCUGGGCCGGCCAGACAUGCGACAAGGGGUGCAUGGACGUCUGCUCGAUCAUUCAACAAGUGUCCGUGAAGCAGCUGUGGACUUAGUAGGGAAGUUCAUCCUGGUGCGACCAGAGCUGACGCACAAGUACUACGACAUGCUAACGGAGCGAAUAUUAGACACAGGUGUAAGUGUACGCAAGCGAGUCAUCAAAAUUCUCAAGGAUGUGUGCCUGGAACAGCCAGAGUUCGAGAAAAUUCCAGAAAUAUGUGUAAAGAUCAUCGGUCGUGUCAAUGACGAGGAAGGCAUCAAGAAACUAGUUGGAGAAGUGUUCCAGAGCAUGUGGUUCACACCCCAGAACAGCGAAGAGAGACUUCUGCAAAAGGUGCGCCACAUCACUCAUGUUGUAGUCGCGUGUCGCGAGAUGGGACUUGACUUGUUUGAGCAACUGCUCUGUGGCCUCCUGAAGGACCGUGAAGACGGGCAACGCCGAGGUGUAUUGGAGUCGUGCCGGCAGAUAGUGGACUGCCUGGUGGAACGGCUGCUUCGACUGGAAGAGGGCGCUGAAUCGUCACAGCAUUUAGUAGCCUGCCUUGGCACCUUGUAUUUGUUCAGCCGCAUUCAGCCACAGCUGCUCGUGCGCCACGCUCACACCAUCCAACCAUACCUAAGCAUGCGUGUAUCGGGCCCACAAGACUAUCAGGUGCUGCAGCAUGUCACUCGUUGCCUCGAGCUAGUGGUGCCUCUGAUGGAGCACCCGAGUGAGUCAUUUCUAGCACAAAUCGAAGAAGACCUGGCCAAGCAGCUCAUUCGCAAUGCCAUGGCCAUCCUUCCGGCCAGCGUUAGCUGCCUUAGUGCAGUGGUGAACCGUGUAACACACAACUACCCACUAGUUCGAGACAUGUUUCACAAGUUCUUUAUGCUAUUGUGCUUGGUGAAGCGGCAGCAUCAGGCUGGUCGUGAAUACAGCCGCCAGAGUCUCCAACGUUGCCUCUACACAUUAGGCCUGCUGUGCCGGCAUUUUGACUUUGAGCAUCUAGAACCUGCUCUAGAUAGUACUGUAGAGUCUGCUGCUGCUGAAGACGCUGACCAGCCUCUAAAGCAGAGGGUAUUUGCUGCAAUGAUGUACUUUACGGAACACGAAGUCGAGGACAUUCGGCAGCGUGCACUGACAGGUCUUGGCUUCAUGCUUGUGCGCCAGUACGAUUUGAUGCUUGGGCCUGAAAUCAAAGAGCUGUACAAGCACCUGCUAAGCAGUCCCCUAGCGCCUGCUGUAGCAAGAGUGCAAGUGCUCAAGAACCUCACAGCAUAUUUAAUGGAAGAAGAGGCCAAGAUGAUUCGCCGAGAUGCUGAAUGGAGCAAGCUGUCCAAAGGGGAAAACCUGAAAGAAAUGGGUGACGUGUCCUCCGGAAUGGCCAGCACAGUGGUGCAGGUCUACCUUAAAGAUAUUCUGGCUGCAGCUGCCCACCCCGACCAGGUUGUGCGUCGUGCUGCCUUGCAAGUAUUGCAGCUAGUGUUAGGGCAGGGCCUGGUACACCCUGUGCAGAUGGUCCCACACCUUGCCUGUCUGGGUUCCGACGAUGAUAAGCUGCUGCGUACAAAGGCCGACCAGUUGCUGCAAGACUUGGAAAAGAAAUAUCCGGGCUUUGUGCAGAUGAAAGCCCUCGCAGGCAUGCGGCUCUCUUUCGAAAUGCACCGAACUUCCCAGCUGGGUUCUCUCGUACGUGGGUAUCGCUGUCCAGAAGCGCCCGUCAGCCGUAAUGGUUUCCUGUACUCCGUGCUUCGAGCAACGAGGCAGAGCAGGCGUGCCUUUUUGUUGGCCCUGCUCAAGCUCUUCGACGAGCAGGCGAGGGUGCCUCUGGCAGAGCUGCUUUAUGUGGCUGACAACAUUGUGUACUUUCCAUAUCAGGUGCAGGACGAGCCACUGUUCGUCAUGCACCAUAUUGAUGUCCUGCUGUCUGUGUCAGGCUCCAACUUAUUGCAGAGCUUUCGUGAAGCACUGUUGCCUCGCGAGGGAGUCACACGUACUGAAGAAUACGACGAGGAAGAUGACGACGACCUGGAUGCUCUGACAGCGAGGCUCCCGGCAGAUUUGGAACCUCUUGAAGAAAGCAUGCAAGCAGCACAAGGCUGCAUCUUGCUCCUCUUUGUAAAGCAAACUCUGAAGGAUACGUAUGGUUUUACUGACAGCCGCAUUCAGCAGUAUUCUCCUAACGAAGCUGCCAAAACGUACGAGAAGGCCCUCAACCGGCGUUCGGGGGUUCGGUUCAAUCCAGAGCCGACGGUGCAGUUUCUGAAAUCUGGGGACGAGGGACAGACUAGUGGAGAAGAGCUCUGCCGCCGCUAUCUCGACUUCAAGCAGCUGAUGCUGACCAUCGACCCGGACGAUGACGACGAUGACCAGGACACGGGCCAGCCCCGGCCCACAACAGCGGCUACAGCCACCGCGCCCCCUUCAGCCACAGAAGACGGUGCUGCUCCAAAUGCAGGCGCCGCUGCCAGCAUCGGAACAGCCGCUCCCACCACGGCAGCGCUGCCCACAGUCGCCGUGGCCACCUCAGUGCCACGGCAACGGUUGUCGACAGCUGCCGUGACCCAUCGCGGCCGGCCUCCAGGUCGGACUUCUAAAGGUGCUGCCGCAGUGAGUGACAAGGCAAAGAAAAAACCUCGCAAAAAGCGAAAGCGGGUCAUCUGCUCUGAUGGAUCGAGUGACAAUGAGGACAGUGAUCCGUCGUUCUGUGGUGAUUGACUGUGUGUGGUGGCUGUACUUUCUUAUGUAAAAUGGGGCCUUGUACAGUUUCUGGGAAGGGUUGCGAAGUCUAUUUUGUAGGGUGCAAACAAUGGCAGAGGCGGGAGACUAAAAGACAAUUGCUCUCGUCAUCCCCUCCGGUGCGUUUUUUCUUCCGCGGGACCAUCACGACAUGCCGCGAUCUCUCCUCUCAUCUGCAUCCUUGCCUCGGGUGGUGUCUGCAGCAGUCGGUCUCUCCUAACUUAUUUAUUGUAGACAGUCAUUUCAAGUUUUACUUUCAUGUGGCUGUUGAGCCCUCACAGGCCAAGUUGCUUGCACACUGUCACCAACUCCUGAUCUGUACAUUGGCAACUCAUCCUCCACUGUCAUCUACAAAGGCGACCGUGUACAUAGGACGUGUGUGUCUCCCCUGCUUCCAUAAUUCGCGCCCUGCAUUCUUUUGUAGAGCACCAAAAACUAACCAUGUUUGCAAACUAUGAUGUACAGGUUUAUGAAGGUCAUUGACCAUCUCUUCAGCAGUUCACCUAGCUCAUUUCUCCGUUCAGUUCAGUAUUGAAAAAGAAAAGCUAAUUACCUUCUGCUAAAUAAAGUUUGUGUUUAUAAAUUUCUCUAAGAUGACAAAGAAAAUGCAGACAACUGGAGUUUAUUCCAAGUUAAUUGAGACUGCAGGCUUUCCUUGCUUUCUUUCUCUGUUAAAAGAGAGUUGAGACUUAUUUAUGAUUUUUUUUCUAUGUAUAUGACUUAAUGUCUACCAUUAAAAAGGCACUAUUUGACAUAAA